AUGUAUAGUCGGAGGCUUUCCCUUAACUUUAAUCACAAUGUCAAUUUCACAAGAGCAGCUUCUAGCCAUCAUCUUCUACGAAUGGCAGCACAGCACUGGAGCGACGAAAAAGUCCGCAGCAAUGCAUUAGUGGAGAGCACCACUACCAUCAGGACGGUGCAUCGAUGGAAAGCUUUCUUCGCGAGACUAGACAGGAUCUUCGAAGACAAGCUUCGGUUGGGACGUCACACUCUGGAAGCCUGUGCCAUUCUCGACGCUGUCAAAAAGGAUCCGGAGGUUGGCAUCGGCGGUCUUGCGAUGAGAUUCGCGUGUGGCCAGUCAAUAGUCCUAAACCCUCUUUAG